UCUAAAGGGAGUAUUGGAACUAACAACAAGAGAUAUUUCAAUAUCAGAUCUCUUAUUCUAAUUUAAUACUGCGUUAUAUUCAAUUUAUAAUUGACUGUAGAUUUUUAUUUGAUCAUACAUAUCGUCGUUGAAACAUGGAAGGUGUUCAAAUAGUACAAUUAUUAUUACCAUAUACAAAUUAUUUAUUGUCCAUUAUCGCAAUCAUUUAUAUGAUGAUAAGAAGAGGUAACCAAAGUGUCGAGAUAGAUAUCAAUACUGCACAAGAGAAAAAUACUAGUUUUGACAUAAAUACUAGUUUGGACAAAAAUACUAGUUUGGACCAAAAUACUAGUUUGGACAAAAAUACUACUUUGGAGAAUGAAGAAGACUCACAGAAAUUUAGGAAAUUAGUGAAAUUUGCAACAGUGCAAAAGCCGGAGUAUUAUUUUACAGACGAUUUUUAUAAUUUAUUUUCUACAAUCAAUCAAUUUACGUCAAAUGACAUUGAACAAUUUGGCGAAUACGUAUCUUUGGAGUUGGAUUGUUUACAAUUCCAAUCAAGUAAAGAAAAAUUAAAACGAGAAAUAAGGAAAACAAUCGUACAGAUUUCAAACGAAGAUAGAGAGAGCUAUUUAAGUGAUACUUCUGCAAACAUAUCAACUUUAAAUCAUGUAGUUAAGUAAUUACUUAAUUAAAUGAAUUUUAAAAUUUAAACAAAAAAUUAAAGAAACAGUAGAAUAUUCGUAAAAGUAUAUUUGAAAAUAAAAGAUUAAACUUGGAAAUUUGUUCAUUUAUACAAAUUUAUGAUACUAAAGCUAAAUAACAAUUAAAAAUACAAAAUUUAAAUAGUACUGUUUUCAAUUAAAAACAUUGAUAUGCCUUUAAUUAAUAACAAAUGACUCAUUACUAAUUAUUUACUGAUUAUAAUAUUACAAACUAUUCGUAAAAAUACUAAGUUGUUCGAAAAGCUCGUUCUAAUUUACAAAUAUACUAGAUAGAUAUACAUUUUUAUUUUUAUUUUAUUUUUGAAAAUCCAAGUGUUUAAAUAACAUAUUUUUUAAUAAAGAUAUAUAUGAAAAAAUAAAA